UUCACUGGGCCAUUCUUUCAACUCAUGUCGGUCGUUAUUUGAUUACGUAACAAUCGCGUUUCCCACUCUCUCUUUCUCUAGUAACACCGCGUGCGAAGCGUGAUCUCAUAGCCUUCACCUCCUUAAUGAUACACUGAUACAGUAACCACUAGUGUUUUUUUCGCCACCUCACUCUCUUUCUCUCUCUCUCUCUCUCUAAGAUGGAGCCUCUGCUGAAAGGUGAAAGUAGUGACCAGAGGUACCGUUCGCGGGGGAUACGUGGUCGCACCGAUGCUAUCACCUACGGCUCCAACUACGAGAAAGCCGCUGCACUCAUCGAUCUGGCUGAAGAUGGUGUUGGUCUCCCUGUGCAAAUUCUUGACUCAUCAAGCUUUCAAAGUUAUGCAAGAUUUUAUUUUAUAUUCACUAAAUGCAAUCUCAUCUGGUCUCUUGGUUAUUUUGCUUUGAUAGUCCUGAAUUUCUUUGAGAAACCUUUAUGGUGUGAAAGAAAUAGCACACAUUCUUGCAACGAUAGAGAGUAUUUCUUUUUGGGACAGUUGCCAUAUCUAACUGCUGCAGAAUGUCUUAUUUAUGAGGGAAUAAUUCUUAUUUUACUUAUCAUACAUACUUUCUUCCCAAUAUCAUACGAAGGGUCCGGUAUAUAUUGGAAACGAGCUAUUAAUCAAUUGAAGGUCUUCUGUUUAUUAGUUCUCGUUGCUGAUAUGCUGGUUUAUGCUCUUUUUAUGUCUCCGCUGGCCUUUGAUUUUCUACCAUUCAGAAUUGCACCAUAUAUCAGGGUUGUUCUUUUCGUUUUGAAUAUUAGGGAGCUUCGAGAAACCAUCGUCAUCUUGGCUGGAAUGCUCUUCACAUACUUAAACAUCUUGGCUUUGGGGCUUCUGUUUCUUCUUUUUGCCAGUUGGGUGGCUUACGUGAUGUUUGAAGAUACAAUACAGGGGAAAACAGUAUUCACUUCCUAUGGUACUACGUUGUGCCAGAUGUUUAUUUUAUUUACCACAUCCAAUAAUCCAGAUGUUUGGGUUCCCGCAUACAAGGCUUCGCGCUGGUAUUGCAUUUUUUUCAUUCUCUUUGUGCUGGUGGGGGUUUACUUUGUUACAAAUUUGGUCCUUGCCGUUGUUUAUGAGAGUUUCAAGAGUCAGCUUGUCAAACAAGUUUUUGAGAUGGAUCGUAUGAGAAGAACUAUGUUGGAGAAAGCUUUUGUUCUCUUAGAUACAAAUAAUGUUGGAUCUCUUAACAAAAAUCAAUGCAUUAGGCUCUUUGAGGAGUUGAACAAGUACAGGACUUUGCCAAAAAUCUCCAGGGAAGAAUUUGAGUUGAUAUUUGAUGAGCUGGAUGAUAGUCAUGAUGUAAAGAUAAACAAGGAUGAAUUUGCUGAUAUUUGUAAUGCCAUUGCUUUAAAAUUCCAGAAGGAGGAUACUCUGUCUUACUUAGAGUAUUUAGCAUUCUACAAUUCAUCUACCUCAAAAAGAUUGAAAGCCUUCGUGAAGAGCCCCAUGUUUGGGUACCUGGUGUCCUUCAUUCUCAUACUGAAUCUGGCUGCUGUUAUUAUUGAGACAACGCUUGAUAUAGAAAACAAUUCUGCUCAAAAGGUGUGGCAAGUGGUUGAGUUCAUUUUUGGGUGGAUAUACGUAAUAGAAAUGGUUCUAAAGGUUUAUUCAUAUGGAUUUGAGAACUAUUGGCGGGAUGGUUCAAAUCGCUUUGAUUUUAUUAUCACAUUGAUAAUUGUCAUUGGAGAAACUAUAACUUUUGCUUCACCUGAUGGUCUACUUUUUUUCUCAAAUGGAGAAUGGAUUCGAUAUCUCCUCCUUGCUAGAAUGUUGAGAUUGAUAAGGCUCCUAAUGCAUGUCAAGCGAUACCGAGGCUUUGUGGCAACUUUCUUAACUCUUAUACCCAGCUUGAUGCCAUACCUAGGGAUCAUAUUUUGUGUCUUAUGUAUUUAUUGCUCACUUGGUGUACAGAUUUUUGGUGGAAUCGUUAAUGCUGGAAACCCUGAAUUGGAAGCAACAAGCCUUGCUGAUAAUGACUAUUUGCUUUUUAAUUUCAAUGAUUAUCCAAAUGGAAUGGUGACACUUUUCAAUAUGCUAGUCCUGGGAAUCUGGGAAGAAGUGAUGCAGAGCUACCAGGAGUUAACUGGGACUUUUUGGACCAAUGCGUACUUCAUUAGCUUCUACUUAAUAACUGUUUUGCUGCUUCUGAAUUUGGUUGUUGCUUUUGUCUUGGAGGCAUUCUUCGCUGAAAUGGAGCUUGAGUCGUCAGAAACUUGUGAUGGAAAUGACAAGGAAGUUGAAGGAUAUAAAUAUCGACGGCGAUCUAUUGGCACAAAAACACGAAGUCAGAGGGUUGAUGUUCUUCUUCAUCAUAUGUUGAGUGCUGAGUUGGGUCAAACUCAGCCUUCCAAUCCAUAAACCUGAUAAAAUCCUUUUACAGAAUCUACUGGACCAGAGGGUGAAUGAAGAUCUCCAGUAAUUUGCAGGUCAGAUCAAACGUGAUUUUUCCUUUUCUUAUUUGUGGAAAAAGCACGUGAUCAAUGGUUGAUGAGAUUACACUGAAUGGACAUUAAACCAUAAAGUAGCAGGAUGCUAUAUUCCACCAGGCUACUGGAUAUGUCUGUGUGUAUUGUAAUGAAAACCUCUUAUUUAUUUUAUUUUCACCCUGCCUGGGUUUGAUUAUUGUAUUUGUACUGCCGCAAUUUGUUGGUAGUUAUUUUUCGUUUUUAAUGUAGUUUGGUAUAUGGGAAUAUGUGCUCAACAAAAUCCAAAAAAAAAAGUAGCAUAGCAUUUGAGCAUCAGCGUGAUUGUGAACACCAGAGC